UACCUGCAUGGAAUGGUGAUAGGCAAAACUUCAAGAACGCUACUGCAUCUUUAAGUGAUUUCCACACAUUUUUUUUCGUCGUCCACGCCCCAAAGUUCAUUUUUAGUAUUCGGAUUGAAGAAAUCAAAAGAUAUAAAUAAAGAAGGAUGUUCAGAAGAAGAAAAAGAGUGCGGGAAAAUCAUGUUUCUGAAUAUAAUAUGAAAAUUAUGAAGGGAAAAGAGGCCCAUAGAAUUAAAAAUGGAAGAAUCUAGCUAGUUUAGGUUUAUGCUCAUGUGCCUGUGGUGUUGUAUUUUGGGGAAAAUCCUUUGCUUCUUCGUGCAAACGGCAAAGCAUAUCUUUCCCUUUGCUUCACUUUGCUUCCAUGUUUCUCCCUGUUCAUGACCAAAAUUCUGAUAUAAGCAAUAGCAACACGCCUUUGCUUCGAUUUUUCUUGGCAGCCAAACAGUAAUCUGCUUGAAAACCAGGAAAUUUGAGAGCGAAGAACCGGCAACAGAGGUUUCUGAAGAAAGAAAGCUGCCGGCCCAACAAACAGAAUCUCUGUAGCAAGGGGCAAAACGGCUUCCCGGGCCAGUUUUUCGGAGGAAAUGAGUCAUUAUUCUGAUGCACAAGAUAUCGAGUCUGCAACUGCGGUUGCGGCAGCUGCCUUUUCCAUUCACUCGAAUGAAGAAGCUAAAUUACAGUAUCAAAAAGGGACGAGGGAAAGCAUUCCGAUCUCAAGGACCAAGAGUCUGCAGGAUCUGAUGACUGGGCGGCCAAACAAAGAAGCAAGGGAUGCUGGUGAAGUUUCAAUGAAAGAUCAAAGAGCACAGGAGAGUGCUUUUCCAUCUAGGUACCCGAAUCGUGCAUCCUCUUCAAGACCUUCGACUCCUGCAAAUGGAUACCAAACCCAAAAGGGAAGUUCAGGCAGACGUAAUGCUGCGGACACAAAAGCAGAUGCUUGGGAGAGAGCUCAGAUGAAAAAGAUUCAGAAGCGGUAUGAGAAGGUGAAGGCUACAAUUGUUGCUUGGGAAAAUGAGAAGAAAAUGAAAGCAAAAGCUAAGAUGGAGAGGAGAAAGAGUGAAAUUGAGCAGAGAAGAGCAAGAAACAUGCAGCAUUACCAAAUUAAGCAAGCAAGAAUUGACCAGAUAGCAGGAGGAGCAAGGGCACAAGUGGAAGAGAAACGAAGAAAUGAAGAGUCGAAAGUGAAAGAAAAGGUGAAAAGGAUUAGGUCAACAGGUAAGGCUCCCACUACAUGUUUCUGCUUCACUUGUUACUAGAAGGUGAAUCGGUCACUCGAUCUUCUGCUGAUUAAAAUCUGUACAUGUUAACCACAUUACGGGUACCUAACAGUACAUCAAUCCUAACUUAUUUUAAUCUGUA